UAACGCUCUUUUCUUGGUAGCUAGCUGUACACCAAGUUAUGCACCCAUUAAAUAAGAAACUGCUGAUUUCAACAUCCUGAAAUCCUCCUGUGAGUGUGCUGUGCUGCUGUGCUGCCGGUCAGUCUCGACAGUCCCACAAUGCCACAGAGUGAACAUGGCUGCGCCCGCAGGACCGAGGGGAACAGCCGCCUCCGCUCCGGCCGGCUUUGAAGGCUUCCCGUUCCCAGUGGCCGGGGCCCCGCCGGGAGACGGGCCCGGUAAGGAGCAGGAGCAGACCGGGAAGCCGAAAAAGAAGCCGUGCCGGGCGUGUACGGACUUCAAAUCAUGGAUGAAAGUACAGAAGACGAAGACGACAGCAGCAGCAGCACAGGCGACCCGAGCUGAGGAGUCAGAGCCACAGCAGGAGUGUCCGCUGGACAGGGAAGAGUUAGGCCGCAGCACCUGGUCCUUUCUGCACACCAUGGCGGCAUAUUACCCCGACCGGCCCUCCCCCACCCAGCAGCAAGAGAUGGGCCAGUUCAUCAACCUCUUCUCCAAGUUCUUCCCCUGUGAUGAAUGUGCAGAGGACCUCAGGGGCAGAUUGAAAACCAAUCAGCCAGACGCCAGCAGUCGCCACGCUCUUUCCCAGUGGCUCUGUCGCCUCCACAACGACGUUAACGUGCGGCUGGGCAAGCCUCAGUUUGACUGCUCGCGUGUGGACGAGAGGUGGAGAGACGGAUGGAAAGACGGAUCCUGUGACUGAUUUCUUGGGUCCGAGUGCUUGGAGAUGCGAGGCCCGAGUCGGAACUCGAAAACAAAGAUUCCUCCUGUCCGUGCAAACCUUUGACACGAGUGGAGACCCAGAUCUGAAUCUCUUGGGAGUCAGGGUUGUUCCGGAGAUUUAAAACUCUGGUGGGACACGGCGAUGCUUUUCAAUUCCAUACUCAAGCUUGUUUGAAAAUCUGACACGUGCAGGCACACAUGUUCUCAGCACUCUGUGAAGGCCAGUUUGCAGGGUUGAUGCUUUUAAUUGCGUGAACCAACAGGAUUUGCCCACAGUCAAUGCAUAUUGGUCACACACCUUUGAUGUUUAUGGUGUUUAUCCUUGUUUUGUCCAGUGAAACAGCAGAAAACCUGUUAUUUACAGAGGGUUUUAGUCAGUACUUUUCUUGUUUUGUUUAAUCUGUUGAAGCCUUGUUUAACUAAUUGUAGGCACUACAAGACAGAAAUAUUUGAAAAUAUUUGAAGUACAGCUCUGGUACAGUUUUGUCGAAAUAGUAAGUAUUGUUGAUUGAUGAUUAUGAUUAUUAUUGAAUUAUACAUUUGUAAUUUUUGAAAAUACUUGAAUAGCUCUUAUAUUUUUUCCUGAUGUGGCAAAAGAAUGUAACGUGUUGCACUGUGAUGAUUACAGAACAUCUUAUUCCGUUGUAAUUUGAAUUAGUGUGUGUGUGUGUGUGGUUAUGACGGGGUUGUCUGUCUGUUCAGUUGUGCUUUUUCCAUAUAAGUGAGGGAGAGAAACAUAAAGGAACAUAUUUGCCUCUAGCCAAAGGCCUUCCAGACCAGAGUCUCAGACAUGUGACAUGUCGGUGUGUUAUUAAUAAAUGACCUGAUCAGCACCCUC